UCUUUCAAAGCUCUCCAGACCUUUCACAUUCACUCAUCAAUGGAAAAUGUCACGACUUUGACAAUCGCAGAGCUACUCCAACGCGGCCGUUGCCUCACCGGAGCCUCCUCUUUAAUCACCCCUUCAAUUCCUCCCAAAUCAUACCAAGCCUCAAUCCCCUCCAUCUCUCCCGCCCCCUCCUCAAACCCUAACCCUAAUUCCACCGCCAAGAUCCUCCCCUCUCUCGGCCACUUCGCCCUCAUCAUCGGAACCGUAACCCUCCCCACCACCACCGCCGCCGCUCCGCGAUGCUCCUACAACACUUGCUUCCAAUUCUCCGACGACUCCGCCGCCUCGAUCUGCUGCGAUGUUCUCGACUUCGACGCUCGGAUUCUCGGCCGCAAAAUCAACGUCCUCGCCUGGAAUUUCAUUCCGUCCAAACGCGGCGGCGGGUUCCUGGAGAUUAUCCGGUGGGAGUUUCGAGAUUCAGUCACCGGAAUUCGUCCCUGUUCGAGUGUCAUCUCAAUGGAUUUAGGCUCUUCAGAUGGUAAUGAAGACAGCUCCAAGGCUCGCCACGGCGUUUUCGGCGCGGUGGAGUCUGUCAGUCCUUUAUCAACUGUUUCAUGUAAAACAGGUGAUAGCAAUUCGAAAUGCUAUGCGGCUUCCGACGCCAGGCCGGCGACUAGCCUCCACGGCUUUUUGGUCCAGUUUAUGGUUUGUGAGUGUGUAUCAUGUAGUUCAAAGGAAUCAGUAGUUGUGGUUUUGAAGGAUUCAAUUCGAGAAAUUGAUGCUCAUUCGUUUACCAAACCAUUCUUUGUAUAUUGUUGUGGCUCUGCUUCGUCGUGGCAUCCUGUGUUUACCAGGCUAGUGGGAAAUGUUGUUGUUAUAUCAGGGUUGAAAAAGAAGCUGGUGUUUAUAGGGAAGGAAGAGUCUAAAGUAAUGUGUGUAACUACAGGAAGUUCGGCAUUGCAUUUGAGCAGAUUGUCCAAGAAAUGGACGCCGAAAGUUAAAGUAGUUAGAAAGGGAAAUGGGGAGGUAGGUACUUAUAGAGGGAUAGUGAGAGGUGUGUAUAUGCAAGGAAUGCUUGUAGAAUUGGACAAUGAGGUGUGGCUUCUGUUAACUGAUCAACUGCUGACUCCACCACAUAGUCUUAGGGCGGGCGCUAUUAUUUCUGUGAGAAAUGCCCAUUUUGUGAAUCCAAGAUUCGGUUGGACUAGAAGAGUGCUUAUACUUGGUGCUUGCUUUAGGACCAGUGUAAUUGUGGAAUCAUUCUCACCAAUAGAAACUCGGUGUCAUAUAGCUUCACAAUCACAGAGUUCUCUGGGGAAGUUCAUUGAGUCGGUAGCAUUUUCUUCCAGAUUAUGGGUAUUGAUGGUUGCCUGGUAUUUGCGGAAAAAGUUUGCUCGUAUCUUAUCUGAGAAGGAAAUUUUGGGCUCAAAACAUAAGGGAGGAUUAGUUGAGAUGUAUGCUAGUUCACAUGUGUCUUCAUUGAAGCAUCAAACUCGGCCAGGAGUAUUCAUGGAAUUCUGCAAGCAUGAUUCAUGUGCCUGUGGUUUUGAACCAUACAUGGAUAAUCUGACUCUGGCGAUCCCCUUGUCUCUUUUCAUAUGUCACUGUGAGCUCACUUGGACGAGGGCACUGAACCUGGAAGGUAACAGUAGACAAUUGCAUGAUGACAAACAGUACAACCAUCAAUUUUGUGAAGGGAGAUCUUAUGUUCAGUCAAUUAGAAAAAUCUUUUCAAGUGAAGAUAUAGGCAUAACAUUGAUUGGAAGUUUGAAGACUUCUCCUUUUUCCGGAAGACUACAGUUGGUUGAUGCAACUGGUAGCAUUGAUGUUCUUGUACCAGACCUUCCCCCAACUUGGGAUGCCACUAAAAUAAUUAAGGUAGUUGACUACAGUGUACUUAUUGACGGCAUGCCUGGGUUUGUGGAUUCUGAAGGAUCACUUGAUUAUGAUUUGUUCUCAAUCAGAACUAUCUUCGAUUUCGUACCAUUGGCAAGAAAGGCGAACUUAACAGCUUGUGCCUACUUUCGCCUGAGAAGUCCAUUGUGCAAAAAUCUUUGCUUUUAUCCUUGUACUGGAUUGGGAGAAGACUUGAAGAGAUUUGAAAGUGGAACAUUUCACCUGCUAUUGAUUACCCACAAAUUUCCUGUGCUACACAAGCUUCAAGGUGAUGCGUUGAUAAGAAGCUCAUCAAGCAUGUUUGUUGAGGCAAUAAUCUUGCCAUGGAAUUUAUCUGUUGCUGGAAAAAAUGCUAUUUCCUGUCAAACUGGGGUAGUUGAGAAUGGUCCAAAGAAUUCCAUGGAAUUUUGUGCUGUUGGAUGUUACUUGAAGAAUGGUUCUUUCAAAAGACAAAAGGUUACUGAUUCAAGGAAGGAGCUAAGUUUGGGUUCAACGGAGUGUUCCUGUGAGGCCAUCAGAAAAUUGAAUUCUUGUGCUAAGUCUUGCAUUGAAUCCAAUGAGGUUAAAACAUAUAGCAACUUGAGUUCUCAUGAAAUAUCUUGUUUGGCUAUAAUUGGUGGAGUUACUCGUUCAGUUAUCUUGUACGGUACAAAAGCAAAAUUAAAUGGCGGUAGCUUUAGUGGUCCCAGUGGACAGAAGAUAUUGCUCGAGUUUAAGUCUGACAGCUUUUAUAAGUAUCAGCUGCUACAGAUUGGCUGUUACUAUAUCACAAAGCAUGAUAGAGAAGACUCUUUUUGUAAUCUUAAGAGCUCGGAUGAUUUCAUUGGUAAAACAAUUCUCAUCCCUUCCACAACUCAUCUGUGGAGCCUUUCAUUUGGUACAGAUGAGGUUUAUCAAAAUAAAAGUUCAUCAAAGUGUAUUCUUUUGGAUGAUUCUCUUAGAAGUGAUGAGUUUCUAUCUGGAUAUCAUAACGAAGUACUUCUUCAGACGUCCGUUGAAAAUUUGCCUGAAACCUCUUCAGACAUAUCGCUUUGUCUGUCUGCUAGUGCAUUAAGUCUUGGAGAGCUACACCUAAAGGAAUUGAAAGAAAGCCUAAUCAUGCCAGUUGUGACACCUAAAGACAUUCCAAAGAUCUCUUCUUGCAUUAGUCCUGUAAUGACUGCGCCGUUAUCAACUGAAUCCAGCCGCAUGUUUCCUGAGGGAAAUUUAAUAUCUUUGCGUGGGCAUGUGGUUGCGGUUCAUAGCAAUGACGAAAGUUCUGUUGAUCCACUUUUGAACUGUCAAAACCUUCAAGAUCCUCCUGAGCUGAGAUUGCAGAGGGUGACCAGCAGUUGCAUUCACUUGUUGGUGGACCAUCAGAUUGUAAAGCUAUCUGGUUCUUUGCGCACAAACGAUCUUCCUGUUGGAUUUGGACCUGGUGUGGAUGCAACAUUUUAUCGAAUUCUUGCACUGCGGGAGCAGAAUAGAUGGAUAUUGACAUCGGUAUCAUUUAUUAUAAUCAAUUCCAUAAGCGGAGUCAAUGAAUCAUGCGCUGUGAAGUCCUCUUGUCCUGCUUCAUACACGCCCACUGCUUCACCCCAAGAGAUUAUUCGUUCAGGAAUGAUAUCUGAAUUGGUUCAAUGUUUAGACUUCAAGCCAAUGCUGUUGCAUUGCAGGGUUGUUGCUAUCCGUUUCCUGGUUCUAGAGAAGAAAAGUCGAAAUUUCGGUUAUCAACUAGAUAGUCACCUGAGGCAGCAUCUUGUUGACAUCCCACUUGCUGGCUUUGUUCUAGAUGAUGGUUCUUCUCCAUGCUGUUGUUGGGCUAAUGCUGAAAGAGCAGCAACCUUGCUGGGGCUGUAUGAAGAAUUCCCACAGUCGGCUUUCCAAAAUAGUGAUUGGACCAUAAAGUGGGCCCAAACGAAGAAUAACACAUGGAGUUCCACUAUUCAUCAUCUUGAUAGAAUUUUAAAUAAUCAUCGUCAGAUUGUAGUGAGGAACUAUGGAUCAAUGUUUGAUUCAUCUUAUCAAGAUCUCGCUGUGUCUGUGAGUUCGGAUAAUGCCCUCAAUAGCUAUGAUGAGGACCUUCUAAAGUUUAUAGUCUUCAAUGCUUGCUUCAGCAGAUUUUGGACUAUUGGUGCUAGUGUGAUGGAAUUGGAUGCUUUUAGGCGAUUGAAGACAGAGAACUAUAUGGAACCGGAGAUGUCCAUGCAUCCAAUGCAACAAAUAUGGGCCACAGAAGUUCAACACAUUAACCAUCUCAGUCAGGCCAGGAAUGUUAUUCAAGAACUGAUGGAUGGGUAAAUAUAUUGCAUUUAUUAGUGCGAGAUUCUGAAUAUUGUGUCUAGUAUUUCCAUGAAGAUGUGAGAUCCACAUAUUUGGUACUAAUUAAUUGGAUUUUUUCAAUCGGAAAGAAAUGGCUUUUUUUUGUUCUUUGAAA